CACCCCCACCUCAAUCCCUCCGCCGGCCGCAGAAAGUGAUGUCUAGCGUGCUGGACACUAACGAGACUGCGGACGAACACCUAUGUUGAUACCGAACCAAUACACCUAGAAGGUGACAGGCACACUUCUUCCCACUUCUUCCUAAAUGGAUACAAAUGCAUUCCAGCAAAAAAACAUACAAAAACUAUCAAACAAUAAAGAUAAUUGACAAGAUAAAGACAAUUACCUUUGUUUUCUGGAAUUAACGACAUAUACAGUUGAUUUAAUUAUGAUGGGUACCUAAUUUAAAUGCCUUCUUUUUGAUUGCAGACAUCAAUGUGUUUUAAACAUUUUAUUUUUCUAAAACAACAUUUCAUUGAGCCUUUAUAUUGGUCAGAAUGUCCAUGAAGACAAUACCAGUUCCCCACACUACCCUAGAGAUCCCAAAAGAUCCAGAGAAGCAGGAUGACUACCUCUCCACUUUGAAGGCCUUGGCUGAGAAGCUGCAGCUUGAGACAAAGAGGCUGUCCCACCUAGAGUGGAGGAGCCAGUUGGAGACUCAGAGAGCCAGGGGCCUGGAAGCCUCGGUGGGGGCUAACGAAGGGCAGUUACGAGCCUGGAGUUCUCAGAAGUGGCAAAAGUCCUCACUGAGCUGUGCUGUACACCAGGGACAAAGUCAUUCCCCUCAGAGCCUGACAGGGAUUGGAAGUAUAGGUGAGGCCCUGGAAUGGCUUAGGAAAGAGCUGAGAGAGAUACACUCGCAGGACCAGCAGCUGGCACGCCAGCUAAUGCAUCUGCACAGCGAUGUUAACAAGCUGAAGAUCGAGCAAACAUGUAACCAGCACCGCAAGAUGCUAAACGAUGCCACGUUUGAGCUGGAGGAGCAUGCUGAGAUGCUGGACCUGCUGUGUGACGUGCCUGUGUCCUCUGGAUUCAGCCUCUCCACUCCACUAAAGCUCAUCGGCAUCACCAAGAUGAACAUCAACUCCCGACGCUUCUCCCUAUGCUAGCAGCUAGGUGCUCAUGGAUAUACAUAGCCAUUUGCAGAAAUGUCUUAGGUUCUAUCACAAAUUAGUAAUACAUGCUCAAGAUGUAUUUUAUGCGCUCAUUCUAAUAUCUUUAAUGAUACUUUAUUUGAUGUGGAUAGUUUAUUAGCCUUUUUUUCACAUUUGACUUUCUAUGUCAAACUCAGUAAUUAUUAAAUAAGGCAUAUUUUGUUUAAGUAAAAUUAUUUUAUACUUAGUAUUAAUGUUGUGUAUCUAAAACUAUGUAUUUUGGAAAUGCUUUGGUAACUCUCCUCCUAAAGUGGCUCAUUUUCAAAUUAGCAAGUGAUAAAUGAGUUAUUAGAUAUAGGCUCAAGACAUCACCAUAGAAUUGUUACAAACCCACACCUUUUCUGUAACUGCUUUACUUAAGACCAAAUAUUUAAAAAGCAGCACAAAGACAAAAAAAUAUUAUUUAAAGAACUGUUCUUGAACAUUUUAAUUUGGCCUAAUUUUUAGCAUGUUUCAAUAAUCUAUAGGUUUAAAAUAUCUAGGUUUAAAAUGUGAAAGUCUAUCAAUUCCAAGCCAUGGCAAGUCUGUGAAUGAUUAAUUUCUAGAUUGUUAAGAAAAUGGAAUUGUUGGAACUUGCAUCAUCUGAUCAUGAGUUUGUCAGAAUGUAUUCCUGAUACCAGACCACCCUGGAAACAGGGUAGUCAUAUUACAUGGAAUGUUGCAAAAUAAA